UCGUGAAGAAAAGUCUUAAGAGUUCAACAGAGCAGGACUUAAACGGUGUUGGGAAGCCAGAGGAGAGAUGAGCGGAUGGUUUGAGGCAGAGAAGGAAAGGAAGAAAGGGAGAAAAACCAAGCAUGGUCACUGCUUUGAUAUUUCAGAUUGCUGUGUCUCUUUUCUCGCUCAGUUGACUUAGACGCAUCGGAGAUAAUGAAGACUCGGAACCUGAGCAUCUUAGAUGGAUAGCUGGCCCACCUCUUGCUGGAGCAGUACAGAUAAAGCGGAGUUUCCGGUUCCGGUGGGGCCGUCCCUAGCGGCGGUGAUGGAGGCUACGGCGGCGGAGGCUGCGGCCUCAGGCUCUGGAGAACCCCGGGAAGAGGCUGAAGCCCCCGGCCCCGCCUGGGAUGAGUCCCAACUGCGCAGUUAUAGCUUCCCGACUCGGCCUAUCCCGCGUCUGAGUCAGAGCGAUCCCCGGGCAGAGGAGCUUAUCGAGAAUGAGGAGCCUGUGGUGCUAACAGAUACAAAUCUUGUGUAUCCUGCCCUGAAAUGGGACCUUGAAUACCUGCAAGAGAAUAUUGGCAACGGAGACUUCUCUGUGUACAGUGCCAGUACCCAUAAGUUCUUGUACUAUGAUGAGAAGAAGAUGGCUAAUUUUCAGAACUUUAAGCCAAGGUCUAACAGGGAGGAAAUGAAAUUCUAUGAGUUCGUUGAGAAACUGCAGGAUAUACAGCAGCGAGGAGGGGAAGAGAGGUUGUAUCUGCAGCAAACACUCAAUGACACUGUGGGCAGGAAGAUUGUCAUGGACUUCUUGGGUUUUAACUGGAACUGGAUUAAUAAGCAACAGGGAAAGCGUGGCUGGGGACAGCUGACCUCCAAUCUGCUGCUCAUCGGCAUGGAAGGAAAUGUGACACCUGCUCAUUAUGACGAGCAGCAGAACUUCUUUGCUCAGAUAAAGGGCUACAAGCGAUGCAUUUUAUUCCCUCCGGAUCAGUUUGAGUGCCUCUACCCAUAUCCUGUUCAUCACCCAUGUGACAGACAGAGCCAGGUGGACUUUGACAAUCCUGACUACGAGAGGUUCCCCAAUUUCCAGAAUGUGGUUGGUUACGAAACAGUGGUUGGCCCUGGCGAUGUUCUUUACAUCCCAAUGUACUGGUGGCAUCACAUAGAGUCAUUACUAAAUGGGGGGAUUACCAUCACUGUGAACUUCUGGUAUAAGGGGGCCCCCACCCCUAAGAGAAUUGAAUAUCCUCUCAAAGCCCAUCAGAAAGUGGCCAUAAUGAGAAACAUUGAGAAGAUGCUUGGAGAGGCCUUGGGGAAUCCACAAGAGGUGGGGCCCUUGUUGAACACAAUGAUCAAGGGCCGCUACAACUAGCCUGCCAGGAGUCGAGGCCUCCUGCCAGGUGACUGCUAGCCCGUCCACACCGCUUCAUUGAUGAGGACAGGAGACUCCAAGCAUUAGUAUUGCACGCAGCACUUAAUGGACUGGACUCUUGCCAUGGCCCUGGAGGCAGGUGUUUGGGGCAAGGCAGGGUGGUUGGCACUCCACUCCCAUUUGGAGGGACUUCUUACCCUUGCCUCUGUGCCCCAACACCUUCCCUCUCUGCCCCCCCUAAAGUCCUGCAUUCAGUGUGUGGAGUCCCAGCUUUUGGAUGUCAUCAUAUCUGUGUGUCAGUCUGUCAACCUCAAGAUGUGUGUGCAUGUUACGUGCAUGCACACGCAUGUGUGUAUCUUUCUUGCGCCCUCCUGGGUCAGGACGCCACUUCUGGCUCUCAGCCCUAUUUCCUGCAACUGCUCAGUGCCUCAGUCUGAGAGAGGAGACACUCUUGGAUGCCCACUACUUCUGGGCUGUAGGGCCAGAGCUAUCCUGAUCCUUAGGUCAGUCAGCCUCUUUUCUGGUUUCACAGAGUCAGGUUCUAGGCUGGGUGGGGAUGGCUCCUGCGACUAUAAUGGGAGAGUGAGAGGGAGGCUUCCCUUCAAGAGCCUAGAGAGCAUCCUAUGAAAGAGAAUUAGACAGGGUUCCAACUUGGACCUUCUUGCUCAAGCCAUAUAUAGAAAAGAGCCUUGGGACCCAAGAACCAAGGACUGUGCGUAAGUUCCAAAUUUCAGACACACAUACCUUCUCUCUUUCAGCACCAGCUCUUGAUCCCUGUGCCGAGUACUAAGGGAGUCCUAGCAGUGGCUUCCCUGGGUUCUAGAGGUGCAAGCUUCUGUGUGGAUGUGUGUGUGUGUGCGUGUGUGUUCACACUGGCCUGCCUCUGCUUACCAAGUUUCUCUACUGCUUAACCUUGUCCAGUGGGACAUACAGUGGAAACCCCAGGGCAGUACUGCCUGAUCUAACCUAAAGCUUUUAAACUCAGUUUUAGCCAUUGGAUGUUAGUCAGCUUUCACUGCAACCUGCCUGAGGCUGAUGCUAGAGCCUCCAGGUCCUGCGACUCUCCUGCCCAGGGCACAUUCUCUACGCCUGUGGAGCUUUCUGGCUGAGUAGACAAAAUGGGGUCAAGCUUAGGUAGCUAACUCACUGUGUGUCAUCCACCUCACAGCAAGGACAAAAAUGUUGCCUUGUUUCUUAAAGCUAGCGCCUCUGUCAGACCCCAUGCUAAUGUUCCACAAAUACCCUCAAAAGUUGGGGCAACAGGUGGAGCAGAAGUGGAAUUUCCUUUUCGUUCCAUAGUUACUCAUGGGAACCCCAUUUAGGGCUGCAGCUUACAGCUGGGCAGCUGUACACUGCACAACUUGAAGGGCCAUCAUUCACAUUUAUUCAGUGGAAGUGGGCCCCUAGAAUUGGGCAAUGUGGUGGCCCUGUGUUUUGUCACCUCCACUCCCAUCUCCAUGCCCCUUCUCUGGAAGGAAAGAGGAGUUGGAGUCUCUGGGUUUGUUUUUUUCCGUUUUUUUUUUUGUUUGUUUGUUUGUUUUUUUUUUUGGCCAAAGGUUUACUUCCAGUGUCUGAGCUAUGGCUCCUACCUCCAGAGCUCAGUUUACAGUCACAGUGCACUGAUGGACUGAGAGGACGUGUGUAGGUGUGUGCACCUGUGUGUGUGUGUUUUGGGGAGGGGUGUUUAUUUUAGUACCCCGUUCUGGGGUUCUCUGAUACAGUGCGAGUGUGCAAACAUGGUACCUUCUCAAGUGUAGUUCUUUCAAAUAUAGCCAAUGCUGGAAAUGUGAUUGCAGUGAUGUCCAUCCCUCCAUCUCUUUUUGGGAAAAAAGAGCACACAAAGAGAAAAGGCAGAUGGAGGAUAAACUUGACCACAGCCACACUUUGAAAGAUAGUAGAUUGUUUUCAUUCUCAGCAGGCCUGCAUUCCUGGCUCAGCCCACAAAGAUAUGAGUGAUAUGCAGCAGGGAGGUGUGUGCUUUUUAGCUGGUCCUUGCUGGGUUGUGUGCUGACACAAGUCUGACCUAUGGUGACCAAGGGGCAGGCACCUUCACAGGAUUGGUUCUGAUGCUUGAGUACUAUAAUAGUGACCCCUGAUUAUUAGACCCCUAGGACGGGUGUAGUGCUUUUAUCUUUGUUCUUCACUAUCCUACAAGGUAGGUAUUCUCAUUUUAUAGCUGAAGAAAUGGGCUCAGAGAGAUUGAUUAAUGGCAAUUAGGAUUUGAAUCUAGUGCUGUUUAGCUACAAACCCCCUGCUGUUCCUUUUCCACCAAAGUUUGUUGACUCUUACCUCCUCCCUUGUAUGUCUAUCCUCAGAUCUCACCUUUCUGGGCAAUGUCUAGUGUUGGUUGGCACGCUUAGCCCAAGAAGGUGCAGUGCUUAGUGAAUGCUCUUGGUUCCAGCCAAAGGCAUCUGGGAAAAACUGCCAGGAAGCCAUAUUAUGAGUUAAGAGUUCUGGAAGGAGCUAUGGGGAGGGGAGACCUAGUUCUGGAUCCCAUUGUGUUACUAGUGUGUCCUUGAAUAGGUCCCAUAACUUCUCCCACCAUGCUUCUGCAUUGAUAGAAUUGAAGAUCUAGUUCUAGAUGAUCACCAAGAAGCUUGAUUCAUGUUCUGCUGCCUCCUUUUCCCCCAAGGAAGAGAUCAUGGCUCUUCCCUUCACUUACCUGGAUUAGGGCCAUUCAGGCUCAAAUUCUACUUGGGGUGGAGAAAACAUUUCUGCGUUGGUACUUACCCCUGUUGUGGAAGCAGGCACCAAGGGAAGGUGGGGGUUGGGGCCUCUAUGGAGGUCAGCCAUGAUGCAGGAUCCCAUUUUUUUACACCAGCAGGUACAGAGAAAACUACUCUUUUGUGAAGUCAAAUAUUUGUUGGGGGGCUGGAGUUCGGAGUGGGAGGAGGGGCUGUUCUGGGCAUCAGUUGAGCAGAUGCCCAGGAUGCCUGGGGGAGACCAGCUUCCCCUACAAAUCAGAGCUCUAAAUUGCAAGGUUUUUACCAACGUGAACAGUUGGGGGAAGUCGUCUGCUCUCAUUUGCGUAAUGGUUUCUGUCACUGGUGAUUAGACACAGGAUGAAGGAAAAGAAAUUUGACAAUUAGGAAUGAGCGAUCAUUAAUCUGAAUCUGUUAGGAGACUGAGAGAGGAAGGAUCCUUAUCAAUGGCCCAGCCCAGUGUUGGGAGACCCUCUCUCUGCCCCCUAGAGACUCAGGUUACCUACACUUUCAUUGUUCCCACAAACAGGCUGAGCUGGUCUUUCUUAAGAAAGACUAGGUGGACCCAUUCCCCAGCCUGAGGUUGCUACAGGAACAGACAACAAAGAGGGAUAGAGAGAUGGGUGUCAGAUAGAAGCCUGGGGCAAAGAAUAGUUUGGACAAUGUUUCCUGUUUGCAAAAAAAUGUUUUUAUGAUCAAGGCUCCAGAUAACCCCACCUGUGACAAAUAUUUGUUACAUUCCAACACUGCAGGAUGUGGAGAAAUCCUCCAGGAGCUUCUUAGUUGGAGAGUAAACUACAUAAAAUAACUAGAGGUUAUGAAGCCAUGUAUUGUGUACCCUGUGAGGAUAAGAUUAGACACUCAAGGGAGGAAGUAGAGAGCAGGGAGCUCUUCCUCCAGGAUCCGCUCAGCCUUGGGCUCCCAAUGGAGGGACACUUCACUCUGGGCCUCCCAGCAACAUUGAUUUUCUUUUUCCCCCACAGUGCAGCUGUAGUUAUUUGGAGGGCAUUGAGGCUCCUACCCCAGUGUUAGAGCAGAUAUUAAGAUGCUGAGAAGCCCAACUUAAAACUUCUCCAGGUCUGUGUUCCUCUCCUCCCUCCUCUGUCUCUUCAAACUUCAAGGACAAUAUUAAUUUGAACCAGUAUUCCCCAGUUUUGUGACUCGUAUUUGGUGGGUUUCUUAGACUAGAGGUUCCCGACAAGUGUUGGGGGGCAGUAUGGCAGUAUGCUGGUUCUUUGUCUUCUCUCAGAAUGUGAGCUUCCUGGAUGGGGCUGUCUCACUCCCUUUGGUAAGUUUCCUAUCUCUGGGUCUUUGACCCUUCAAAAUUCAAUGCAGAGUUUGGUAGGGCUGCAGGAAAUGGCUUUCAGUGACCAGUUUUACCCAAACGGUGGAUACUGAGAUGCACCUGUAAGUGCCUCAUGGGGUUCCAGAGGCUCUGGUCUGGCUUGAUUUCAGCCCUUGGCCUCGAGUCCCUGCCCACAUCUCUGGUGUCCUUGCAAACUGCCUGCUCUAAAGAGAUGUCCCAACUUACCUUUCCAGAGCUCCCCAUUUCUCCUGCUCAGCCUCCCCCUGCGCAGGCGCUCUAGCAGCCCUUUCACCAGGGUCUUUUUUCCUAAACAGUUACCCUUUCAUCAGAAGCUCCAGACUGCUAGUGUUUCCAUGGACUUUAUAGCUCCCUCUCCCCAGGGUCAUCACUGUUAAUCUUAGUCACUUUUCUUUUUUGACUUUGAUAGUUUAUUAAUUGAAGGUUAGUCCAUUUGUUCUAUGUGUGCUCUGUCCUCUUGUCAUUCUUUAGUCUGUUCCAUACAUCCCAGUUUAGCUUUUCUAACCCUGGUGGCCCUUUCCGCUAGGCUGCAGCCAGCUUUGUUUAAUCCUCACCAGUCUUGGGAUCCUCAGAACACUGCUGAACACUUUUCGUGUAUUUCUAGGGGAAGAAGCUGCAGAUGUUAGCAGCCUUGAGGCCCAGGGGCCUGUUAUCAUUGAGGCCUCCAGAGAUGUGUGAGGGGAGGGUACCUAGAGAGUCAUGAACAUUGGAGAACCAGUGAGGGGGUAUUGGGCAGGAGACUCCCCAGGAGUGGCGCCUGGCAAGCCAGAGUAGAAGAACUGAAGUUUGUUUCCAUCUAAAUGCAUCUGUGUGCCUUAGGGUCCAGCAGUUAGGGGAUGGUGGGCAUUUUGUAAAUGUCUCCUAAUUUCUCUCAGGUGUUUUUGGCCAUGCUCCAAGUCACCAGGUUGAGUUUACCUCUGCAUUUCCGCAUUUGCUGGAAGGAAACAGCAUAUUGAGUAGUCAUAUCAGGAGUGGAGACCUACAGUGAGCGAGGCCCUAGAAGCCUGGGCAGCAGGAGAAAGGGACCCAGUGGUCAGCUUGUUCCCAGGCUGUCUCUUCACUCCUCCAAGUGUUUAAGUACAAUAGCUGAUUAUGGGCCUUUUUCCCCACCUAAAAUCUGGUCUUUAGGUAAUAUUUUGGGGUGGAGAAUUUCUUUCUAACUUCCAAUGAGAAACAUUCUAGCAUAGUGUUUACGAGCAUGGAUUUUGGAGUCAAAGGUCUUUGGUUCAGAUUUCUAGCAUCGCUGCAUACCAGCUGGGUUUGACAUUGAUUGACUUAACCUGUCAGCCUCAGUUUCCUCAAGGGUAAUGAUAUGUGUGGGAGGAAAGGGGUUGUUGAAAAUAUCUACCUCGGGGUGGUUGGAUUAACUGAAACAAUGUAAAGCUUUAGCACAGUGCCUGGCAAGCACUUAAUAAAUGGCCUGCUGGUAGUGGCGGUUAUAUUUUUUAUGUGACUUAUUCAGAAACUUGAUUUUAGUGAUUUCUAAGCAGAUCUCCAGUGACUCUCCCUCUCAAGAAAAGCAUGGGGAAGAAUAAGGAAAAUACCUUGGAGAAACCCAUACUGAGCUGGGGGCUAAAGGCGCCUUGAUACCUAAACCUGUCCUAGAGGGAAGGAAACGGAAAUGUCGGGGCUCUUCUGCCUGGUCAGCCAGACUUUACUGCUCUUCAUACCAGCCUGGAGCCAGGGCGAGAAGCUCUCUUUACACUGUGUCAGGGGCGAGGGCAGCUGAAUGAGUUCCCACCACACCUGGAGAAGCUAUUGCCAACAACCUCACACUGUGAGACACUGCAGCCAUCAAAUCGGGCCCCCUGCGUUCACUUUGAUUCUCUGCCUGCCAGUGUAUUUAUAUGUAUUUUAAGAUUGUUCUAGGACAGAGGGGCAUUCAAAAAAAUAUGAGACUGGGAUCUUAAUAACUACCAUUUGUGGAGUGCCCCGGAGCAUUUCUGGAAGACCCUGUGCUUGUUCCAACCCAUGUGCUCUCAGUUCAGUGGGGGCAAUAAGCACGCAAUUAGCAUUACACAGGCACAAAGGAAAGCACCUGACAAGCUCAGGUAUUCACCAUAGGCUUCCUGCAGGGAGUAACGUACUUUAAACUGAACCUAGAAGGUAACCAGGGAUUAAGGAGUGGUAAAAGGCAUAAAUUUCUCCUUUGAGUUCUGUCAUUCCCAGAACAAGCUCUCCUUCGUGUUUAAGGGUUUUGUUAAUCAUUCCUGGGAAAGAGCUAGGUGAUGGACCUCAAAAAGAAGAAAGCCCUUUGGUUAGUCACAGAAUCUUUGAAAAUCAUUUUGGUUGCUGGGCCAGAUUUGUCUUGGAGUAGAUGGACUUGCUCAUUUGUGGUGCCUACACUGCCCCCUUCCUCAGAAGACUGGCCUCUGGAGCCAUCUGAUACCUUACUUGGAGGAGAUGCCGGACCCAGUUAACUCGGACCUUGGCCCAAGGUAUAUUCUGGCUGCCUUGAAUUCUCAGCUUCUUCCAUACUGAUCUCUUAGGUUCUGCCCUAAUCUCUGCUGCUUCCCUCUUCCCCACUAUGAACCAGUCCUUUCUGCAGUCCCCCUCUAGCCAUAUACAUCCUCUUUCCUCUGACCAUGGUCCUUAGUCCCAUGGGUGAAGAAGACCCCUCUUUAGCUUGUGCUAAGCCAUUUCUGGACUGCAGGCCAUUCUGUAGUCAGCUUGCAUUUACCUCUUCGCUUCUAGAUUUCUUUGGCCCUAGAAAAUUUUGCUAUAUUUUAUUUUAUUUGCUUAAAACCUAUUCACUUGGUGGUGAGGUCAGUCCUGCCCUUCAAGGAAGUUCUGCUCCUUAACCCAAAAUCUAAGCUACAUCUAGCUUAGGUUUUUUACCUCGAGUAUAUAGUAUAGAAUGCAAUAUAGGUAGUGGUUGAGAACAAGAGCUUUAUAUAGCUGCCUUUGUGUUCUAGAUCUGUCGUUCUAUGUGACCUUGGGCAAAUGGCUACCUGAAGCUCAACUUCACAUGUGUGGGUAUAAUAGUACCUACCUUGUCAGGGGUACAUGAAGUAAAGUAUGUUAAAGGCUUAGCAGAGUAACUUCCAUAUCAGUCAUCACUGGCUUCCAGUGGUCCCAACCUUUCUCUCUUUCAAAGCCUCUACCUCUCCCAUCAAGCUUUCUGACUUAAGUUCCUGCUUCUAGUCUUAGGGCGAGUCUAGUUGUCAGCUUAUAAACAGAGCAGAGGUGUGGGCAUAAAGUUUCCUGUUCAAGUUAUCAGUCCCUGCCCUUACUUAGGGACCUCUGACUCAAGGACAAGUUCAAACCACCUUUACUGGGAAAUGGUGUUCUAUAAUUUCUAUAAUAUUAAAAAUCCCUGAAACAGGUCUUGAGCAGAAGCAGAGCCCUAGGCUCUAGGUUACCACCUAAUCCCCAGAAGAACAAAGGGUGUCUGUGGAGGACACAGUGUGGCUGAGUGGAAAGAACACAAGGUUCAGGGGCAGUGAACCUACAUGUGAACCUCAGAUGUAUUUUUCAUAGGCUGGGUGAUUGGGGCCAUAUUGGUCUGUCUAUGCUUCAGUCCCUCCCUUCAUCUUUAAAAUUGGUUAAUAGCACUGCUACCUUCCAUACAGGGUUAAUGGGAUGAGAUAUGUGAAAAUGCUGUCUAAAAUGAACACCAUAUGUUUGUUGUUGGGUGGGGGUUUAGGAGAACUUUUCCAGAGUGAGUGGGUCACAAGAGUUGCAGGAGUUCACAGAUUUGAUCAUCCUGUAUUUUUAACAGGAAGUAGUAAAGCAGCAUUUCCCACCAAAACCCUGUUCUUUCACUCUGCCAACAUUUGACUAGUAAGGAUUUUGUUUUGAUUUAAGAAGGAAAAGCAGUGUGGUGAGAAAGGGCAUAUGUUUUGGAGUUAUAUGGACUAGGUUUGAAUCUUGGUUUAACUGAUAAGAUGACUUAUCUCUGAGCUUUGAUUUCUCAACAGAUCCCCUCAUGUGGCUAUUGGGAAUGAAUAAGACAUCAAGUGAAACAACCCAGUGCCUAGGGCCUACCUAGUAAGUGUCCAAUAAACGUUAAUUCCCUUUCUUUCAUUUCUGUUCCCCCUAGAAAGCAUCCAGUUUACCCAGUAUAAAGGGGACUCAGUUGUCCACACCUUAAUGUAAACAAGUAGUAUCAGAUUUCCCUUUUGUAAGGUGAGAUCAGUUGCCCUAAAAGAAUUGGAGUGUGAGGGUGAUGAGAAGAAUCAUGGAGAAGGAGGCAGAAGUCUGCAAUAUUGGUGAGGAAGUAGGGAUCCUGUGGUCAUCUAGUUGACAUGGGGAUGGGUGAAGAAAGGAUGAUGAAAAAAGAAAAAAAGGCGGGUGCUGAGUGCUAGAGGGUGAAGCCAAUCAAGGGGGAGGGGCAGUGUGGAAUGGAGGAUGGGACCGUGAACUAAGGGCGAGGAGACCAGAGUUCUGCCGGAGAACCUCAGAAAUUGUGACCACAAGUCAGAGUUGUGAGAGAAGGCCUGCACUCAACCAGCUGUCAUUUCAAUACCUGUAAGGGUGUGGUCCUCUCAGAAAGGAAGAAUCUAGAAAGAAGGCAGAAAUCAUUAAGACAGAAAGACUUCUGAGUGUUUUCAGGGCCAAGGCAGUGUACCUCCCAAUCAAGGUAUAUGGCAGCCUAGGUAAGGUUCUAGACUUCUGAGAAAAUGCAGUUAGGUACUGAAGGGUAUUAAACCCAGGCAUAUGAGCUGGGUGACCCCACCUCUUUAAGUAAUGGAGGUCCUGCGAUUGGGCCUUCACAGGCCGCAAAUAGGAUUUUCUGGAUCCCUUCUUGGAAUCCAGUCUGUGGCCUAAACCUUCUUUCUGGCUGCUUUGCAACCUCAACCAUCUGAGAAGGCAACCUCCAAAAUAUAUGGGGCAGCAUCACUUGUUUCCUUGAUAGGUAAGCAUCUUUAAUACGAGAGGACUUAGACUGAGGGAUCGACAUAUUUAAGAACAUCAAAUCUACAGCAUUGCUGUGUGUGCUUUACAGUUUGUAUCUUAAAUCCUUGACGUGGAAGAGAAUUUGCUUCUAAGUUUGACAGGUUGACUUUGUAAUGUCAACUAAAGAGUGCCGAGUAUUUCGACUUGAAUUUUAAGUUGAAAUCUUGCUAAGUUCCUGUAUAGUUUUAGAACACUUAAAUGAUUUAAGAUGUGCUGUAUUUAUAAACUUAAUUUAUUGGAGAUAUAGUAAUUAAGUACUUGGGAAGGUUUGUUUUAGAUAAAUGAAGUCCUUAAGGAAAUCAAACAUUAACCUUAUAUUAAAUCAAACUCCUUUGUUUUAUAAGCAAAAUAAUAAGGUUUGUAGAAAUUGAACUUAAAAGCUUAGACAAGAACUAGGAUUUUGAAUAUGUAACUUUGAAAAUUGAAUAUAACUUUUAAAACCAA